AUGGAGGAAGGAAGGCUGGAUGAGGUCCACAACGUCCACAAGGACAUGGAGGCCCUGGCCCUGCAGAAGCUCGCGGAGAUGGAACAUGCCGGCAACCUUAGCGAUUACAACCUGACGCGCGAGGACUUCGGCUUGAGCAACACCACGAUGACUCUCCUUCACUCCGUGCUCACGGAGAUGCAGAGCUUGCUCGCGCAGAUCAACGCCUCCCACCUCGCGGACGAGCAGCUGCUCCUUGACCUUGCGGAGGGCUUCGCUCAAUGUAACAGCGACCUGUCGUCUCGACAGCUUCAAAGCCAGAACCUGAGCACCCUUGUGAGCGGCGCCAGCAGCUCCCACGACGCCUGCCGCACCACGGAGCAGACCUUGUCGGGCCAGAACGGAACCGCCUGGCUAAACUACCUUGGCAAGGGCACCGAAGCGCUGCCCCAAGACGUCAGGAACUGCAUGCAGGCCUACCUGGACGGCUACAACCCGCAGACGGCCGAGCAUCUGCAGGCCAUGAUCGAUUGCGCAGCCACCAUCAGUAGCUUCUUUGGCAGCUUCGAACCUAGCAUGGGCACCCUGAAAGAUACCUACUUCAGCAGCCUCCAUGCGGUGAAUAACCAGAGCGAGGAUUGCCGGGUGGAGCAAUCCACCUUGGAGAGCCACUUCUGUGAGUACCGACAGCAACUGACGGACAGCUGCGACGCCAUCGACACUUGCUAUCAAAACGUAAACCAAACGUGGCUGCAGUUGCUAGCCACCAUUGCUGCUUCGGACUCGCGCCGUGAGGCCUCCUACACUGCCGCCAAGAAGGUGAUUUGCUACAUCCAGCUGCUCCAGAGCAACCUCACCCAAGCUGCUGUGCAGGCGUGCCAGGACCUGGUCGUCGACACUUCCGGCCUGGCAGUCCACAUCCCUGACCCCGCGGCAAAGCAAGUUUGCGACAGCUCGCCAGUGGCCGACUUCCCCUGUGAGCCCGCCUGGGUGCAGAGCGAGUAUUUGAAUAAGAGCUGGUACAAGGACCCUCCGCAGAUCGCCCCCGACACCUGCAUCAGUUGCGCGGCAAGGACGUCCACCACAACGACGACUGCCCCUCAAGCAUUGGCCAACCUCGCAGCCUUUGAGAGAGGCACCUGCGCCAUCGUGGAGAGCGCCAACGUUCCUAGCAAGGUAUGGUGCGUUGGUUCGAGCGUUUACGGAGCCCAAGCUGGAAACAAGGUGGACCUUGGACAGGGCCGCACCGCAACGGCUUUGGCUUCUCAGGCUUCAGGCAAUCACGUUUGUGCUCUGCUUGACAACGAGGAGACAAAGUGUUGGGGCGACAACAGGCGGGGGCCGCUUGGCUUGGGCGACGACGCUAACAGAGGCACAGGUUGGCCUGUGACAGGCAUGGGGGAUGUGCUGCCUGCGGUGGAUGUAGGUUCCAAUCGCAAAGUCGUGAAACUGAUGGCCGGGCACCAUUUCACCUGUGCCAUCUUGGACGAUCAGUCCGUUAAAUGUUGGGGCUUCAGUGAUGCCGGACAGCUCGGCUUUUCACCCAAUGCUGUGAGCGGCGGCUACGGAAACAACAAUGACGAGGCCGGGGAUGCUCCGGACGAGAUGGGUGACAACUUGCCUACUGUGGACCUGGCGGGCAACCCUGCACUUGACGGCGAUGCUGGCACUCAGAGUGCAUGUGCCAUUGUCCAACACCCAACAGAUGGCCGGCAACUGACGUGUUGGGGGCGGAAUUGGGAAGGCCAACUUGGCCGCGGCAGCGUAAUCGGUGACACCAAGUCUGCACCAACGUACGUGCCAAUCGAUCUGGGUACCGACCUCCACGCAGUGCAAGUGUCAGUUGGCUAUCGUUCCGCGUGUGCUUUGCUCAACACUGGUGCAGUCAAGUGUUGGGGCGUCAAUGACUUCGGGCAGCUGGGCAGGGGUCAACCCUCAUCGGUGACGCCGAAUGUUGGCAGGCAGCCAGAGGACAUGGGUGAUGGCUUGCCGGUCGUCGAUUUGGGCACCAAUGCAGGCACCCCACGGAAGGCCAUCUACAUCGCGCAUGGCGCGUGGCAUGUGUGUGCCAUUCUCGAGGGCGGAGGUCUCAAAUGCUGGGGCCGUAACCAUUUGGGCGGUGCCCAUCCUCAACUUUUUCCUUCACAACCUAACAUCGGCGACUUCCCCAACGAGAUGGGCGACAACCUCCCAUUUAUCGACCUAGGGGUGGGCCGGACAGCUGUGAAGGUGGCUGCUGGAAGGGACCACACAUGCGCACGCUUGGAUGAUGACACGUUCAAGUGCUGGAGCGGAUUCGUCAACCGAUUCUAUUGGCAGAGCUUAAGCGACUACGAUCUUUGA